CAGCACUAAAUCUUACAUCCAAAGGCAAUUUUACAUCUUAUUUUCUCCAGUAGGAAAGAAAAUUAUUUUUUCUCUCCCCAAAUAGGAAUUACUACGACGUUAGAUUAUAUAAAAUCAUGUGAAAUACUGAACUAUCGGCAGGAUUAGAAAAUUUUAGAUUGACGGUAUAUAAAAGUUAACAACGAAUGACGAAAAGUUCCAUUCCUCUUUGCCAUCAACUUCGUUCGCCUUGUGACUUUGACGUAAAAAAAUUAGAUCUACCAAAGAGAAUCUCGCGAUAAAAAUAAACCGUAAAACGCAAAUCCUACCGACUUUGCUUUUCAACGAUCUAGUACACUAAACACAUUAACUUGUGUGCUAAAGGAAAUAUUCUGAUGAAAAAAGAAACUUAAAAUCCCCCAACCAAACGUGUAACUUCGGUGAGUGCCACUUAGUGGUGAACAGAUACACACAAACUCGUUAGAAUGCAUUCACUCAGCUGGACUUCAAGAGUUAUCUCGCGGGCAUUGCGCAAUGGUUUUUCUACAUUAUUGGAGUCUGCAACUAAUGUAGCAACAACAGGACCUGCAAAAUCAAGACCUCAUUUCGUGUCAGUCGUAUGCGGAUUUCCAAAGGAUUUUCUAACAUCUAAAUAUAAGCCAGGCAAAUAUGGUGAAGAUUCCUGGUUCAAAACCUCCACCUCCAACUCUGACGUCCUAGGUGUUGCUGACGGUGUUGGCGGAUGGCGAAGUUAUGGUAUUGAUCCUGGAGAAUUUUCGUCCUUCCUGAUGAAGACAUGUGAGCGCCUUGUUCACUGCGUAAACUUUAACCCGCAAAAGCCUGUCAACCUGCUAGCAUAUAGUUAUUGUGAACUGUUGGAGCAAAAGAAACCUAUACUAGGUAGCAGCACGGCUUGCGUUCUUGUUCUAAAUCGAGAGAAUAGCACAGUGUACACAGCCAAUAUUGGAGACAGCGGAUUUAUUGUGGUUCGCAAGGGGGAGAUAAUUCACAAGUCAGAAGAACAGCAGCACUAUUUUAACACACCCUUCCAAUUGUCAUUGCCCCCUCCCGGUCACGAUCACAAUGUUUUAAGUGAUAGUCCUGAUGCGGCAGAUACUUUAAGUUUUCCUGUAAAGGAAGGCGAUGUUAUUUUAGUUGCAACAGAUGGGGUGUUUGACAAUGUUCCCGAAACACUACUACUGGAUGUUCUGAAAGAGGUCGAAGGAGUCACGGACCCUGUCAAAUUACAAAUGACUGCCAACUCGCUGGCGCUGAUGGCUCGCUCAUUGUCAUUUGAUAGUGAAUUCAUGUCACCAUUUGCAAUAAAUGCCAGACGUAAUAAUAUCAACGCAACGGGAGGAAAACCCGACGACAUAACUGUGGUACUCGCAACUGUAGCAAUGUAAUUUAUAAAAAAAAACAAAAUCAUUAUGUUAAAUACCUUUAUUUUAAGCUUAUACAAAUUUGGCUCUGUUUUCAACAACAAAAAGCAACUACCUGAAAGCAAGUAACUAAUGCGUGCGAUAGGCCUUUUUUUAACUUUUUUCUGCGCCCCUUAGGUUAAGCGUAGUUAAAUCUGUAUCCUUUACUCCUAAAAUUAGUCACAAUAGUCUUUAGGUUCCAUCCCAUCAUACAUUCGAAUGUUGUUUGUCUUCACCCUCCCUCCCGCCUUCACUUCAUUUCAUCAUAUAUAUUUGUUCUUACUUAAUUAUUUGUUUUUGUUUACUCACAUUUGUUUAGAGCAAUUCCUCAGGUCGUUGAUUAAGCCGGAUUGUUAUUUCUCUGUCCUGUAAUUUUCCAACCACUUUUUUUUGUAUUUUACUGUGUACUCCAUUAAACUUAAAAUAAUUAUUUUUGUUUAUUUGCAUGCGUGCGGAUUCA